AUGAAUCUGUGGGUAUCAAUCCUGUUGUUUCUCGCCCUCGAAUGCAGUGCCAUUACGGACCUGCAGAAGGCUAAGCUUUUGAGCUUACAUAACAAUGCACGUCUCAAGGUGUUGAAGUGCCAACUUCCAGGGCAACCAUCUGCCAAACAACUACUCAACCUGUCUUGGGACGAUGAACUAGCAGAGAAAGCGCAGCGACAGAGUGACACAUGUCAAUUCGGCCAUAACACGAACGAGGAAAGAAUCACCUCGAAAUGGAGGAAUUGGGUUGGGCAAAACAUUGCAGGAAACCCAGCAUAUGAAAAGUAA